CCUCUCGCUCCGGCCCUGUGCGGGUCAGACAGGAACAAUAUGGCGCCGGGAGCAGCGUUAGCCUCUGGACCAGUCGUUGUCUGAAAGACUGGCGAUCCGGCAGGAUGAACCUCUGCGCCCAAUACCUCCGACAGGCAGAGGCCCUGAAGGCUGACAUGACAGAUUCAAAGCUGGGCGCGGCAGAGGUGUGGACGUCCCGGCAGGCCCUGCAGGAUCUGUACCAGAAGAUGCUGGUGACCGACCUGGAGUACGCUCUGGACAAGAAGGUGGAGCAAGACCUGUGGAAUCAUGCUUUUAAGAACCAGAUCACUACGCUGCAGAGCCAGGCCAAGAACCGAGCCAACCCCAACCGCAGCGAGGUCCAGGCCAACCUGUCGCUGUUCCUGGAGGCAGCUAGCGGCUUCUACACACAGUUACUGCAGGAGCUGUGCACCGUGUUCAACGUGGACCUGCCGUGUCGCGUCAAGUCGUCUCAGCUCGGCAUCAUCAGCAAUAAACAGAGCAACACCAGCGCCAUCGUCACCCCGCAGCCCAGCUCCUGCUCCUACAUCUGCCAGCACUGCCUCGUCCACCUGGGAGACAUAGCACGUUAUCGUAACCAGACCAGCCAGGCUGAGUCGUACUACCGACAUGCAGCUCAGCUGGUCCCAUCAAACGGUCAGCCAUACAACCAGCUGGCCAUCCUGGCCUCCUCUAAAGGAGAUCACCUCACCACCAUCUUCUACUACUGCCGCAGCAUCGCAGUCAAGUUCCCCUUCCCAGCAGCCUCCACCAACCUGCAGAAGGCCCUGUCCAAGGCUCUGGAGAGCCGUGAUGAGGUGAAAACCAAGUGGAGCGUGUCAGAUUUUAUCAGGGCCUUCAUCAAGUUUCACGGUCACGUCUACCUGAGCAAGAGUCUGGACAAGCUCGACAGUCUGCGGGAGAAACUGGAGGAGCAGUUUCAGAGGCUGAUCCUGCAGAAAGCCUUCAGCUCUCAGCAGCUGGUCCACAUCACUGUCAUCAACCUGUUCGAGCUCCACCACCUCAGAGACCUGACAGCUGACGGCAGCGAGCAGAGCUACAGCAACGAGCAGCAGAUCAGCUGGUUCCAGCUGCUCGGACUCUUCAUGUCCUUCCUGGGUGUCAUGUGCAGCCGAGCUCUGCUCAACAAGAGCCGAGGGGAGGAGAUCAUGGGGGAGUGUCCUCUGCCAGCAAUCAAAGUCUCUCUGGACUGGCUCAAACUGAGACCCAGCGUCUUCCAUGAGGCCGCUGUGGACCAAAGGCAGCACAUCUGGCCCUGGCUGGUCUCCAUCCUCAACAGUUUCCAGCCCAAAGAGGACGAUGUGUCCUGUUCCUCAGUGACGCCCCUGCCAGAGGAGUUUGAGUUGCAGGGUUUCUUGGCGCUCCGCCCGGCUCUGAGGUCCCUGGACUUUACUAAAGGUCACCAGGGCAUUUUGGUGGACAGGGACGGCCUGCCGGUUCACACUCGACAUCAGAGACUCAUCAGUCUGGGCAAAUGGGUGGCCGACAACCAGCCGGGGCUGAUCCAGUGCCGAAUGAGUGAGGACGGCCUCCUCCUCUUCAUCACUGACAUUCCAGAGCAGGCCAUCGAGGAGCCGCAGGAGAAGGAGGCGCCGGUGCUGCAGGAGUCGUCCAACGCUGAGCAGACGGCCAAUGAUGGCGGAAACUCCGGCCUCAAGUCGGUGCUGUCGGCGGGGAAGACACAGAGCUCGUGGCCUGAUGGCAGCGACCGACCUGUCGUCACCUUCAAGGAGAACAUCAAACCCCGAGAGCAGAGCCGAGAGCCCACGCGAAACCAUCAUCUGAAAGACAGCGGCAAGGAGCGCCGAGACUUCACCAAAGGCAACGGGGCUGCUGGGAAAGGAGAGCUGAAGAGGGACGCCAAGAGGAAGAGCGAGCUGAAAAAAGCCGGACAUGAGAAAACUGCUGAUGCUGGAAAACAGGUGAAGGCGCAGACGGAGCUGAGGAAGACUCCGGUGUCUGAGGCGAAGAAGACUCCUGCCACUCAAACUCAAACUACCUGCUCCUCCCAGUUCAUCCCCAUCCAUCAUCCUGGAGCCUUCCCGCCGCUGCCCAGCAGACCUGGUUUCCCCCCCUCAGCCUACGUGAUCCCGCCCCCGGUGGCGUUCCCGGGACUUCAGGUGAAUCCAGGUUUCACCUUCUCCACCGGAGUGUCCGUCCCUGGACCGUUCCUCCAGCCGGGCGUCCACACCCAGGCCGGCACCCAGGCCGGGAAGCAGUCCCACAUUCCCUACAGUCAGCAGAGGCCCUCUGGUCCCGGUCCAGGUCAGGGGCCAGGGUCCUCGGGACAGGGCCCGGGGCCCAUGAACCAGGGCCCCUCCCAGGGUCAGCAGCCCCAGCCCCAGGCUCUGCAGCAGUCGGUCCAGCUGCAGGUGCAGGCGAUGAGCCAGCAGCAGCAGCAGUCUCCCACCAAACCAGUCCAGCAGGUCGGGAUGGGGAAGAGUCCACCUCACCACCCGGGGCUGCAGCAGCAGUACAUGCAGGUCCAGGAUCAGCCGGCUCAGAUGUGGAACCAGGCUCAGGCUGCUCUGCAGAAGAUCCCUCCCAUGCAGAUGUCCCUGAAGCAGCCUCAGCAGCAGCCUCAGCAGCAACAGCAGCAGCAGCAGCAGCAGCAGCAGGCCUUCUACAUGGCGGCUCAGGAUCCUCUCAAACUGUACGAGCACCAGCUGCAGCCGCCCUCCCAGCCACAGCUCUCCACCAUGGACAAGAAGAUCAAGUACCCCAACGUGAAGAUGCAGGACUUCUACUGGGAGCCGUCGUACAGGAUGGGCGACGGUCUGGCUGUGAUGGCAGACAGGAUGAAGAGGCCUCCGCCAGGUGGUCUCUGCUCUGAGCAGGACGGCUCCGCAGGGCCCCGGGGUCCCCCAUUUGAGGACAACAAGAGCUCGCCUCUUCUACCUCCUGACCUGUUAAAAACUCUAGCAGAUUUUGAGGAGGAGGAGGAGCUCGUCUUUUCUAAGCCUCCUGAUUUCUUCCAGGCCUUGGCUGGCCCUCUUAGCACUGCUCCUGGACCAAACAUAUUUCUGCCAAACCAGACCAGGAUGGAGAGCGCCGAGGUCGUCAGCCAAUCAUCUUCUCUCCUGCCCAUGUCCGGCUUCCCCAUGCAGGAGUACAACCAGAACAGCAUCUUCAGUCAGGCCUACGGCAAGAACCUGCCACCCAGCUCCAAGCCUGAUGCUCCCAUGAUGCACCAGGAGCCCUCCCUCUAUUCUCUGUUUGAAGGGACUCCCUGGUCCCCUUCCCUCCCUGCCAGCUCAGAUCACUCCACCCCGGCCAGCCAAUCCCCUCACUCUUCCAACCCCAGCAGCCUGCCAUCGUCCCCUCCAACACACAACCACGGAGCCAUGCCCUUCUCUAACUUCGGGCCCAUUGGCACUCCGGACAGUCGGGACCGCAGGGUGGUGGACCGCUGGAAGGCCGACAAGACCGGAGCGGUCAGUGGCUUCGGCCUGGACUACCUGCCGGCUGCAGCUUCCUCUGCAGCUUCAGACACCAGCUGGCACCAGGCGGGGCCGACAGGCAGCUCCUGGACCAAUCAGGAGUCUCCAAUGGAGGAGUCGUCCUCUACCGUGCUGCUCGACAGCCUCAAGUCGAUCUGGUCCAGCUCCAUGAUGCAGCCGGGCCCGUCGGCGCUGGAGCAGCUCCUCCUGCAGCAGAAACAGAAGCAGCAGCGAGGUCACGGCGCCAUGAACCCGCCCCACUGAACGGCAGGCCGAGGCGGCGCUUUGUGUCCGGACGUCAACAAAACCACCACCAGGAGAAAAAACGGGAGGAGAAAAAAAACAGAAGUUUGACGAAGACGAGCUCCAACUAAAAUGGGAAAUUAAACCGGCGAGAAAAGGUGGAGGCUGGGGAGGCGACACGACCCCCCGACAAGGCUGAAACACCACCCCCACCCCCCUCGGCUGUCGAGGAGCGGUGACGCCCCUCCUGGACCGGAGGGUGCGGGAUCUCUUCAACCGCGGUGCCACGCGCCACGCCACCGCCGGGUUUCCUUCAACCCGCGGAAAAUCUGAACAUUGAGGAACACACCCCCCCUCACCACCACAGGCCCCCCCUGGUUUUGGACAGACGCCACACCUCCACCACUCCUCUCUCAGCUGGAAGAACUUUCUCUUUCUUUGGAACAAAAUAAAAAAUAAAGCGACCUCCUGGACGUCUGCUCGGUCCGGUCGGAGCGCCCGUUUUUAGCGUCUCCGCCGCCGCAGACUGAAGCGGGGGUGAUGUGAGAGAGCGAGGACAGUGUGGUGGUCGGAUUUAGGGGGGAGGUCAGGUGAAGUGCCGGGGGUCAACAUAGACUGGACUUUCUGAUCUCUCCAAUCAUUUUCAUUACUGUGGAGGAGGAGGAGGAGGAGGAGGAGGAGGGCACUCUGUAGCUGGUUGGUUGAAUGAAGGAAGACAGGAGGACAGUUUGGGUUACAGCUAUAUAAAUAUAUAAAUAAAUAUAUAUUGCCAUAGUUGGACUAAAGGGGCCGUGUCUCUUAGCCGUGUCGUGAGAAUCAGGACUGGACGCUGCUUUGUGAAGCCAGGUGUGUAACGUCACCUGACCGACCGCUCGCUGUCCCGCCUGAUUUGAAGGAAGAGCCCGGAGGCCCGCCGACCGGACGGCUUCGGGAAAGGUCACGGGAAAGACAGAAGUACAAGGGAAGGGGGCUAAGGACAUAAACACCCCGUCAAACUUAGGGAUAGUAUUACCGUUAGCUUCUUGAGAUCGCAGAUAUUAACAAAAAAAACAAACAAACUGUAUUUUGUGAUUUGUUCGUAGCAGUUUUAGCUUCACGCCCUCUGAGGUGAAUACAGGUAUGUCUAUUAGCUUCCUGCUUGAAUAUUUUCGGGGUUCUCUUCCUCUCCGGCCUCUUCCCGAUGUAACCCUGCUCGCUUACUUAACCUGCAUUUACUGUUUCUUUAUGUUCAUGUUCUGCCUUUUUACUAGUGUGAAGCAGCUCUGUGGGCUCUGCUGUGCCUGCUCACUGUCCCCUUACUACUGACCGCUGUAGAGGUUAGGCCGCAGACAGACAGACAGACAGACAGACAGGUGUAUACAGGUAGCUGGCUCAGCCUGAAUGUUUCCCACUAUCUGUUCUUCAGUAACCACUACUGCAGCUCCACCCUGUACAGCAGAUUUUUUUUUAUCAACGGUAGCGUCAGGAAGCUCUGCGGCUCUGAUUUUAUUUGGUCUGAAACUGAAACCCUGAACUGUUGAACCUAAAGGAACUACGGAGAACCGCAAGGGCCAAACUCAGGAGCUAAAAGCCCUCCCUUCCCCCUUGUGUUUUUUGUACAGGCACAUUUUGACACGUCUGAUGAACCAUGAACAUGAAGCAGUUACUCCUGAAACAGUUUUCACUCCGUCAGCUAAAGAUUAUUUUCAUCAUCGAUUCAUCUCUGCAUGAUUUUUGUGAUCAAUUGAUUAAUCGUUUGGUUUAUAAAACAUCCGAGAAGUAUCACAAGCUCCAAGAUGACGUCUCCAGACGGCAGGUUUUGUCUGAUCCGCAGUCCAAAAGAUAUUCAGUGUGAGAAUAUAUUCACACAUUGGUCGACUUUCGUUUGUAAAAUGUCAGAAAAUAAUUUUAAAGUUGUUCUAGGUCAGUUAAUCGUCACAUAUGACGAAGUGCAAAGUUUUCUUUCCAUAUUUGAGCAGGUGAAACCAUCUAAUUAUUUUAUUUGGAAAAAAAAAAAAAAAAAAGAUUAAUUAAUGAUCUCAUUUUGACACGUCUGAUGAAAACGAAGCAGUUCAGCCUGUUCUCAUUCCAAAGUCGUCAAAUACCGCAGCUUUGUCAGUGAUUUUGACGUCAGACACAAUGCCAAAAGCUUCCUGUCAGUAACAACAUGUUCAGGAGUUGGAAAGUCCCUAUGGGGCGGGCGGGAGAGCUCAGUGUUCACUCCCUGUACGUAUGCAGAGCCAAACUGUGAUGGUUUUUAUGCCUCCGUGCCGGCAACAGCUGAGGAUGAAGGCGUUGUGUUUUCUGGUUGUCCGUCCAUCCGUCCGUCCGUCCGUCCCAUUCUUGUGAACCUGCCAUCUAAAGAAUACGUUGAGGGAAAUUUUCUAAAUUUGGCACAAACCUCCACCUGGACUUAACAAUGAACUGAUCAGUUUUUCCUGUAUCCUAAGGACACCUUCUGUAAUUUCUUCAAAUUUGGCACAAACGUACACUUUCAGUCAAAGAUGAACUUAUCAGAAUUUGGUGUUCAGAGGUCAAAGGUCACUGUAAUACUGUCUGUUUUAUUGUCUUGAAUGUGGUAUCUCAAGAACACUGAGGUGGGAGUUUGUUUAAAUUUGGCACAAACGUCCACUUGGACUGAAGAAUGAACUGAUUAGUUUUAUGCUCAAAGGUCAGUGUGACCUCACAAAACAUGUUUUUGUCCAUAACUGAAGAAUUCAUUCACUAAUUCUGACCAAACUUGACACAAAUGUCUAACAGGAUAAAAUAAUGAAGGUCAAAAGGUCAAAGGUCAGCUUGACUGUGACAUCAUCAUGUUUUAACGUCAUAUCUCAGGAACAGAAGGGCAGACAUUUGGUCAGAUACUGAAUUGGUGACUCUAAUCUUGAAACUGUGCUGAUUGUAUAGAUCUUCUGUGUGUGAAGCAUCCAUGUUUUCACUGACAUGGAUGGAGACUGUCAGAGACACUGGACUGGUGGGCGGAGUCAUACAACCAUGGGGUGGACUGGUGGGCGGAGUCAUACAACCACAGGGUGGACUGGUGGGCGGAGUCACACAACCAUGGGGUGGACUGGUGGGCGGAGUCAUACAACCACAGGGUGAUGAUUUUGGUUCUUAACCUAAACAUGUGUCAUUUUGUCAACGUCCCUGUGUGUCACACAAAAUAUGUAGACGUGAAAGUCCACUGAAGCGGCGAUAUGCGACGACUCGAGGAUGAGGACGUGUUGGUUCGUCCUGAAACAAUUUUGACUCGAACAACAAGACAGAGUCUUUGUUGUUCAUGGCUGCAUCUAAACAUUAUUCUCAUCAUCAGUUCAUCUUCCCGUUACUUUCUUGAUGAACUGAUUAAUCGUUUGGUUUAUGAAACAUCAGAGCAGCGUGAGAUGACGUCACACUCAGAAAAUAUUCAGACUGCUGUCGAAGGAAAGAAAACCAGGACAUAUUCACAUUUUAAUAAACUGGAACUUGUGAGUUUUUGUCACAUUUGUUUGGAAAAUAAUCUCCAGAGAUAAAUCGAUGAUCAAAAUCUUUUUCUGUCGGUCGACUCUUGUCCGUAAAAUGUCUGAAAAUCAUUUUGAAAUCUUCACGUCUGAUUUAGAGAGCUGUCACGUAUGACACAGAAAAGCAGCAUUUGUUUUAUAUUUGAGCGGCUGGAACCAUCAGAUGGUUCAUGGUCAGCUCUCUGCUCCUGCAUUUGGUUUGUGAGAGUGAAAAGUGUUCUCACUAAUUUAUUUCUGCGUUAAUGAUCCGCAGCACCCCGACAGCUCCUGGGCAGAGACUGUUUUAUUUUUAUGUCCAGGAACUAAAUGUAAAGUUCCUUUAAAAGGUUCCUGAGUGUCUGGAAGGUUCCUGUGGUGGAAACAAGGUUUUAUUCUGUGGUUUCAUCCCUGUAGAGCAUUUACCGUCAGUCCUGGUUGUUCUCGAGCCAAUCAGAAAGCAGAGAGUGACGCUCAGAGGCUCCAGCGUCUUCAGAGGUGACGGUUUAGACUGCAACACUGUAAGUAACUUCCUGUCCAGCUGAAACCAGCAGAAAGCUGUUUUUCUACCUUCAACACUCAUCGUUUAGUUCUGAGGGAUUAAAAAAAAAAAAUCAGUGAAAGCCUCUUUUUAUUUUCCAGUCGAGGGUGUUUUAUCGACUUCAAAGAGACGUGUCUAUUUUCCGUGUGAUUGUGCUUUUCAUGUUGCAUUUACAAAAUGUAUUUGAAAAAUAAUAAAGAUAAAAUAAUGAAUGUGAGGGCACGAGGCCAGCGGAGGAGGGACGGAGUUGGUGACUGGCUUUGUUUUUUGGAGUAAGAACUAAAUGGACAUUCCACUCUGAGAUGUUGGGGAAGUUUGGAGGCGGCGGCGGCUCCUCGCUGGUCGGAGCUCUGACGGCAGAGUCGCGCUCACGUCUGACAGGAAACAUGAACCUGAGCUUUGACUUGUGAGGCUUUUUGUGUUUCUGUCUCUUUGUAGACUUUGAGAAACUGGUGGAAUCAGCCUUUAAAUAAACGUUAACUAUGUUCUCCCUUAACGCUGUGUCCUGUUUGAUCGAUGUCUCUGUGUUCAGGCAGUUUGUAGUGGACGAGGCGUUCAGCGCCGCCGCUUCAGCAGAGGUAACGACACUUCUCCCCACUGCUCAGGAGG